AAUUGACACAAUCAGACGCGUAAACAGAGUGGCCCUCUUCACAGAUCGCAGUCUGAGCGGAGAUCGAUUCGACAACAUACAAAAUGAGGAUCACUUUCUUCAGAAUUUCAUUUUCCUUUGUUUUUCUCGUUGGAAGCAACGCCGUCCUUCCUGAUGUGGGCUCCUGUACUUUCAUGGAGUACUUCUGCAGUACUCGUAAAUGCAAUGGUGCUUUUUAUAAAGCAUUUCAGAAAGACCCAAAGGCAGAUUGUGCCGCGGUGUUCAGCAAAAUGAAAGAUUGUGUGAUCAAUGUGAUGAAGUUUUGUAGGAGAGACCAACUGACCGAAAGCCAAAUCAAAGACAUCAUUGACGCCAUCGUGAAGAAAGAAGAAGUUUGUGACAAAGGUCGUUUGGGACUCCCCAUUAUGCCAGCAAGUAUUAAUCCUUGCUCGGCAUCAUUUAAAAAUGAUGUAACCAUUUGCGUUGGAUGCCUUCGACGAACAGUUAUCAAGGACAAAUCAGAUCCAGCUCUUUGCUCAGAAUAUGCUGAAACAAAGAAGUGUUUAAGGGACCUGAUCGAUUCUGACUGCAACCACCCAGCCGAAAGCAAGAAAGAGUUCUUGGACCUGUAUUAUAGUGUCUACAAUCCUUUCUGCGCGGACAAUCGGGACCCUGGGGCGACUAAAAAUGAUUCUUGUUAUGGCGUGCUGGAUGUUAGUGCAGCCGCGGGAACCGCCGGAACCCCUUUAGCUUUAGGUGUCUACAAUCCUUUGUGCGCAGACAAUCGGAACCCCGAGGCGACCAAAAAUGGUCAGUGCUAUGGCGUUAGUGCAGCCGUUGGAACCAAGCUCAGUGUAUUCCUAACGCUAAUGUUUGCUUUUUUUCCGUUUUUGUUCCUCUUUAAAGCUUAGACGGUUUAAACAUCUCGUUUAUCUUGAUUUACAGAACCCGGAAUUUCUAGUCUUAUGGGUUUAACUUAGAAAAGAACAAAACAAAACACACACACACAAAAACAACAAGAACAAUGAACAUGUAACAUGAUCAAAGAAGUGAA